GAUUCCCCGAUUCGUCAUCGAGUAUCGCCGAGCGUGCCCCUCCCGGUUCGCUCGCGCUAGUUGUGCUAGUUCGGUACGCGAGACACGUUCGUGCGCGUUUACGGAGAGGUUUACGUGCCCUGCCCAGUUGUCCAGGAGCUCUGGAGAAGACUCGAAAGGAAUUGACGGAUUGCGAGUUCCGAAGCGCGUCGACUGCCACAACCAAGGGGAGCGGGAGAGCGAGAGAGAAAGAAAGCGACGCAACGGCGGCGUUCGUGCCGUUUAAUGGAUUUCGCCUCUACGUCCUAAGGCAGCGGGCCUCGCCAUGCCGGAGGAACAGGAACACAGCCAGGGCCAGGACCAGGAACAGGAACGGAAGGUGGUGGUCACGGUCGCUGAAAAUGGAACCGGCACCGGAGGCUCGCCCAACAAGAGCCCGGUCGCAAAAGGAAAAACGGCCCUCGUCAAGAUUACCUUGCUCGAUGGCACCGUCAAAGACUUCACCAUCGACAGGAAGGCGAAGGGCCAGGAGCUCCUCGACAAGAUAUGCCAGAGUAUGAACCUGCUGGAGAAGGACUACUUUGGGCUCAUCUACGAGGACAGGCACGACUCGAGGAACUGGCUCGACCUGGACAAGAGGAUCGCGAAAUUCGUUAAAAACGAGCCUUGGAAGUUCAACUUCGAAGUGAAGUUCUAUCCCCCGGAUCCGGCCCAGCUUCAAGAGGACAUUACUCGCUAUCAGCUUUGCCUGCAAAUUCGAAACGACAUAAUUACUGGCCGUUUGCCGUGCUCGUUCGUGACUCAUGCACUGCUGGGGUCUUAUCUAGUCCAGUCGGAAGUCGGGGACUACGAUCCCGAGGAACAUGGCAAGACCUAUCUCAAGGAUUUCAAAUUCGCUCCCGAUCAGACCCCCGAGCUCGUGGAGAAGGUCAUGGAUCUCCACAAGACCCACAAAGGCCAGACCCCGGCGGAGGCGGAACUCCACUACCUAGAGAACGCGAAAAAGCUGGCGAUGUACGGCGUCGACUUCCAUCCGGCCAAGGAUUCGGAAGGCGUCGACAUUAUGUUGGGCGUGUGCUCCUCGGGUCUCCUGGUGUACAGGGACCGGCUGAGGAUGAACCGCUUCGCUUGGCCGAAGAUCUUGAAGAUCUCCUAUAAGAGGCACAACUUUUAUAUCAAGAUCAGACCGGGCGAGUUCGAGCAAUUCGAGUCGACCAUCGGCUUCAAGCUGGCCAACCACAGAGCCGCCAAGAAGCUGUGGAAGGUCUGCGUCGAGCAUCACACUUUCUUCAGGCUCAAGAGUCCGGAGCCGGUGAAGAAAGUCGGCCUGCUUCCGCCUCUGGGAUCGCGUUUCCGGUAUUCCGGCAGAACGCACUACGAGACGAAGAAGAUACCGAUCGACCGGCAACCGCCUCAGUUCGAGAGGUCUCUCAGUGGCCGGCGACUCACGUCCCGAAGCAUGGACGCUCUAGGUGGUCCUAGACCAGUCGAGUCCUACGGCUCCGAGCCCAACAAGAGGCACACGUUCAGCUACGAGCCGGAGAUCAUCUCCAACAUGGAGCACAUCGACCAACGACCAAGUCCCAUCAAAAAGCAAAAGGAAAAGCUGACACGAAAAACAAGCGCUGGAACGACAUCCGCUAGCAGUACCAGUAGCCUGGAAGGAGAGUACGACGCCGAUCGUGGCAAAAAGAAACCGUCGAAACCUGUCGGCGGGAUCGCGGUCCUACCGCCCGGCGGUCUCACCAAGAGGAAGGACGAGAACGAGAAGGAGAAUCGGCUGGAGCUGAGCAACGCCGACCCCGGCUCCGAGAAGGAGCACUCCGGUAAACGGGAUGUAGAGCCUAAGAGCAAGGACAAGGAGAGCCCCGAGAAACGGGAGAAGGACAAGGACAAGUCCAAGAGUCCGGUCGGUGGCUUCCUGUUCGGCAAGCGGGACAAGGACUCGAAGCGGCAGAAACAGAGGAAGAGCAAGGACCAGGACGAGUCCUCGGGAGGCCGGAAGAGCGAGGAGGCAGUUGGUAUCCCGCUGACGGAGAAGCUCGCCUCGAGCCCGGAAGACCCGUCUAAGGUGGAGAAGGGACGCGAACCGGAGACGAAGAAGAUGGCAGGGUACACGAAGCCCUACGACUACGAGGAAACCGAGCAGUCGGCCCCGAAGAAACCCGUCACCCAGCAUGGGUUCUCCUACGAGGAUGGCCCGGCAUCCGCGGGGGCGACGACAGGGAGGAUAUCCCCGGCGGGUUCCCCGACCGGGAAGAAGGCGACGGGGUUGGCCUUCAACUACGCCCCAGGGGAGGAGAAGAAAUUAGUGGAGUCCGCGGAAAAGCGCAAAGCGAAGGACCCCUCCGGUAAGCCGACCGGCCUCAGGACCCCUGGGAUCGACUACGUGGAGUCUGCAGCCUUGAAGGAGAAGCAGAAGGCUACCGCUGGUGCAGCUGCUCCCCCGGCUCCUGCAGCUCCUCCGGUUGCACCUGUCGCUGCUCCUCCGCCACCUCCUCAGAGUAAAAAACCGGAAUCGCUCGCCGUUCUCGCCAGCGCCGCGGCACCGAUUAGUGUCGUCGGUGGCCACGCUGGCGCUAACGUAGCUGGUGGCGCUGUCGUUGCUGGUGUCGCUGGGAAGGAGGAAGCCGAGCCCUUCCGCGUUCUGCCGCUGCCGGAUGGCUGCAAGAUAAUCGCAGGGGCUAUCUACUCGAAGGAGGGUAAACUCCUAGAGCAGAGUAGCUUGGGUCCGGACGGAGCCCUUAUAGUGGGUGGGAAAGUCUGCGGUAAAGAGGGGCAUCCGAUGAAGAAGGCGGAGUUUGGUCCACAUGGCGUGCACGUCAGUGAAGGGAUCAUCACUGGGAAGGAUGGGAAACCGUGGAACCAGGACUCCCUGGGGACGGAGGGUCUUUCUAUAAGGAAUGGAGUGAUCUUGGGUUCGACGGGACAGCCGCUGAAUGAUAGGUUCCUGGGCGUGGAACGAGCCUUGGUGAAGGAGGGCAAGGUGGUCGGAAAGAACGGAAAGCCGCUCUCCAUGGAGAGGCUGGGCGCGGAUGGAACCUUCUUGAAGGAGGGUCUGAUAUUUGUGAACGGUCGACCUCUGACUCGCGUCGAUCCCGGCGAGCUCCAUGGAAAGGAUGGGUACAUCGUCGGCGGACUCGUCUGCGACGACGACGGCAGACCGGCUAGUCGGAUCUCCGUCCUGCCGGACUCCGUCUUCAUCCUGGAUGGUCUCAUCCGUGCACCCGAUGGAAAGCCCCUGUCCGGUGGAAGCCUGGGCCCUGAUGGGAACUACAUCCUGGACGGGAAGGUGCAUUCCGGGAAGGACGGCAAGCCCCUCAGGAGCGAAGCCUUCGGCUCCGAUGGGUGCGUCAUCAAGGAUAGCCUCGUGCUAGGGAAGGACUCGAAACCUCUGACGAGGGGCUCCCUCCUGCCCUUGGGAGUCCACUCUAAGGACGGCAAGAUCCUCGGAAAGGACGGCAAGCCUCUGAGACACGCCUUCUACAAAACAGACGGCAGCUUCGUCAAAGACGGCAUCGUCUACGGGAGGGACGGUAGACCGCUCAACCGCAUCCCCAGAAUCGCAGACGGCGCGUUCCUGAAGGACGGCGUCUUCUUCGCGGAGGGCGGGAAGAAGCCGCUUCAUCAGGGUCUCUUCAGGCCGGACGAUACCGUCGUCAGGGACGGCAUGGUCGGCGAGCGUGUCGAGGGUCCUGUCCUGACCGUUGGCUACCUCGGACCUGACGGUCUCCAGAUCAAGGACGGCUUGGUCCUGGGGAGAGAUGGCAAGCACGUCAAGCAGGAGACCUUCGACUCCAACGGCGCUUCUAUCAAGAAGGGUGUAGUCUGCAACAAGAACGGGAAACCCAUGCACCGGGACUCCCUGGUACCGGAAGGGGUCUCCAUCCGGGAGGGCAUGGUGCACGGUAAGGACGGCAAGCCCCUGAGGUUCGCGUUCUUCAGGCCUGACGGCAGCUACGUCAAGGAUGGAAAAGUUCUCGGAGGAGAUGGGAAACCGAUGACCCUGGCCCCGGCUCUUCCCAAGGACUGCUUCGUAGCGAACGGCGUGAUAUAUGACCGCCAUGGCACACCCUUGGACAGGGAGCCCUUCGGGUCCGAUGGGUCCUACGUGGCUCGAGGUCUGGUCCACGACGCCGAGGGGAGGAUCCUGAAGGACGGAGUCUUCGGUCCGGCAGGAAACAGGAUAGAAAACGGCCUAGUCCUUGGUAGGGACGAUCGACCCUUGACGAAGGAAGCCAGGGGACCCGACACUCUGGCCUUCAAAGAUGGGAAGGUCGUCGACGAGGCUGGGAACCCACGGUGCCAGGGUGCCUUGGUUCCUGAAGGAUGCUUCAUUGGCAAUGGGUUGGUCCGCGAUGGGUCGGGACACCUUUUGAAGGAAGGAGCCUUCGCUCCUGACGGAUCCUACAUCAGGGACGGACUGGUGCACGGUUGGGGAGGCCAGCUUCUGAACGCCGGUACGCCUUUACCCCCGGGUGUAUACCUUGAAGAGGGCCGACUUAUUGGGAAAGAUACCAGGCCCCUGGACCAUGGUACCUUCAACCUUUGGGAGAAUUCCGUCAAGGGUGGAGUCAUCUUCGGCCGCGAUGGCAAGCCGCUGAGGAAUGGUGCCUUCGGUACCGAGGGGGCGCACAUCAGGGACGGCUUGAUCUAUGGACCGGAUGGAAAGCUGCUGACCGAGAAGAAGACGGGUAUCACGGUGCUCUCCAACCUGUCGAACAUUCGACAGGGCUUGGUCAGAGACAGGGACGGCAGACCGCUCGAGUCGGGCAUCUUCGACGAGGAUGGAAACGUCAUCCGCGGCGGUAGGGUCUACGACCGACAUGGGAAGCCGCUGAACGCGAAGCCUGCGAAAAUCGGCGGCUACCAGGGUGGCUUCGUUCAGGAUGGUCUGAUCUACGAUCGAGAUGGUAGCCCUCUUACUCUAGGGACGUCGCACGAGUCGACCUCCGAGGGUGGAUUUGUCCGCGCUGGGAGACUCUACGAAGCUGAUGGACGACCGAUGACGAGGGAAACCUUCGGCCCGGAGGGCGUCAAAGUCGCCGAUGGUCUCGUCGUCGACAGGAAAACCGGGAAGCCCCUGGGAUCCGGGCUCUUCGACGCCGAAGGGAAUUUCGUCAAGGGCGGCCUCGUCCACGAUAAGGCCACCGGGAAGCCGCUGGUCAAGUACUACACCGUCAUCAAGAUAACGUGCAUUAAGAGAGGCCUGAUCUGCGACGAACAUGGGAAACCGAUUGCUCAGGGUCCCUUCGGCGCGGAUGGCAGCUUCGUCCAGAAUGGCAGGAUACACGACGCAACCGGGAAUCCUCUUAACGGGAAGACCAUCGGGAAGGACGGGAACUUCGUCCAGGACGGCUUGGUCCACAAUACGAAAGGGAAUCUUGCCGAUGAGAAGACCUUCGACCUGGCCCUGAUGAGUUCAACGAGCCUAGCUGGGUUCGCGUUGCGUCACCUCAGGACUUCAGGACUCGAAGAGCACGCCGAAGAUGAUGACGAUGACGAUCUCGACGAGUAUGCCGAGGAAAGGGGCGAGGUCAUCAAGGAGAUUAAGGGGGUCGCUAAGAUGAGGAUCCCUGGGGUGAAGAGACCCGCGGGAUCCCCGGCUACGCCGACUAUCGUGAAGACCACCACGAAGAGGUCCGUCGUCAAGGACGGCGAGGGGCUCAGGGGUAACGUCGAGGAGAAGAUCGAGGACCUCACUCCUGGAGGCACUGGGAACGUCACCGUCAACACUCAGGUCAACAAGGCGGAGGCACCCGAUGACAGUAGAUCGCCCUACAUGACAGCCACCGCUGUCACCACUCGAACAGCCACCAUGCUCGAGGACCUGGAGAAGAACCAAAAGACGAGUCAGGUCGAAGAGAAGACGGUAGCCCACACGACGGCCACCAGUGCCACGAGGCAAGAGCAGAGAGUCGUCACCCAGGAGGUCAAGACCACCAGCCACAUCCUCUCCGGGGAGCAGCUGUUCUCACGGCGGCUCAGUACAUCCAGCUCUAGCAGCGGCGAUUCGGGUACCCCGAUAGACAUCGACGACGAGCACCAGGCCUUCUACAAUCAGUAUUACCAGGGAGACCCUGCGGGGAUCGUGGCCACGGAAACCCACGUGUACACCGGAGAUCCUGCCAGCAACGUGACGACCACAACCACGGUGCCGUUAGUAGCCACCGAGAGCAGAAAAGUCGCCCUGGAGAGCGAAGAUGGGAAUUACAGCGCCACUGGGGAGAUCGUCAGCUCGCAGACCAUCUCCAGCAAGACGAGGACCGUCGAGACUAUCACGUACAAGACGGAGAGGGACGGCAUCGUGGAGACCAGGAUGGAACAGAAAAUCACGAUACAGUCGGAUGGAGACCCGAUAGACCACGAUAAGGCGCUAGCUGAUGCUAUCCAAGAAGCUACGGCGAUGAACCCCGAUAUGAAGGUCGAGAAAAUCGAGAUCCAACAACAGGCCGAACAGUAAAGGGGUUCGUACUCGGACCAAGCAUCGACAAGACACCCUGAAGAGAAACCUGAGCCUUUGUUUCACUUUCUAGCUCAACGGCAAUCCUAUUUAAUUUAACCCGAGGAUCAGUUAUCACGAGUAAAUAAUUUUACGGCGCUUUGAUAUCAGACUCUGGUAAUAUAUUUUCUUUGGUUUUAUUUCAUCGGAUCUGGCCAAGCCUGAUAGUAUAUUUAUUUUUCUUAAUUUCGGAAGUUACGCGGAGAAACCAGGGUGUCAUGGCGGUCACGGUUCAGUCGGGAAAUAUUGUACGAUCCCUCGUGCUUUGCUGGCCCUUCGCGUCUACGGGGUUACACCAUUGGCAAUUUGCGUAUAAAAGUAUUCCACUGGCAUUUCCUCCGAGUUUCUUUAUUUUUAUUUUUUCAAUGCUUCGCUAAUAUGGAACCCUCGAGUUUGCGUCGGGUCAGCUCGAGGUCCUUCUCGGACAUUCGACGUGCAUUUAUUUACGAGUUUGCGGGAUUUCUCUAUCGACCGCGCGAUGGGUCGGGAAAUUUGAAAAAUGGUCUUUCCCCUCGAUACUAUUAUACCUAGCACUCGCUUGAAAUAUUCACGUUUCACAUCUCUCUUUCUUUUUCUUUUUUUCAUCUUCGAUAAGUGCAAUUCGAUGCGGUCGGAUAGAGUUCUUCGAGGUGAUCUAGGGGAAGCGGGAGAAACGCGCCGCUUGGUGCAAGAAACGCGAAGAGGUAUUGUACAGUUGUAAGUAUAAGGCAUAAGAAACGGGAGAGGUUGAGAUAUCGAUCAACGGGCUUAAAAAUUGCGCUUCAAACCCUGGACCAUAUUAUCCGAGGCGAGGGGGGUCUUUCUUAUUCCUUAUUUUUCAACUGUGUAGAGCGUCCGCAGUCGUGACCUUCUGUCAUAAGACAACUCGUUCGGCGAUCCGGAUUAAUGGAACGAUCGAUACAGUCCAGAGACUGUUGAGUAAGUCGAAGAGAUGUGAUGGCGCGUGUCGUUUUUUUUUUAACGGGAAUUCCUUGAUUCUCUCGGGUCUUUUGAAUACGGUAGCUUAUACGUUACGACAUAUAUGAUUUGUCUGUAUAGUAUGAAUUACGGAUAUCUAUGACAUAGGUAAUUUGACUUUCUAAGCGAGAUAUACAUUAUGUACUGAUUGAUAUAUAUAUAUAUGUACGUGAAAGAGAGAAACAGGUGUCUGGAUAUGAAUAUUAAUAUAUUAAUUACCGAUAUAUAGAUAUAUAUAAAUAUAUAGAUAUAUAUAUAUAUAUAUUAGGCAGCUCGAUCAGCCGGAAUCGUCACGCUUUCCCCAAGGUCGGAUAUGUUGCUUGCGAAACGAGAAAAACAUUGAAAUUCUUUGGUCGCACGUCAUACACGGUGAGUCACCCUGGUGGUAUUAAUAUCUGCAUAGGGAGACCACGUUAUCAAAUGCGAUGGACGCGUCGAUGACCGGCAUUAAACGCGAUUCACGUGGAAAUCAAUUUGUUUGCCGUGACUCGCCGUGUAAGCGUCGAUAAAGGCGAGAUCUUUCCCGGCGAAACGUAUCCGACUAUUUUCGGUUAGCUUUUCCGACGUUCUUCCCCGCGAUUUUUUUUUCCUCCUUUUUGGUCAGUAUUUCAAUGAGUAUUUUUCGCGGCCAUGCAAUGGACUCGUCAGACGAGGUCAUCCGCAUUCCCUUUUGCGUUUCACUUUGGAAACUGUGUAGAUUUCACCGAUCCAGCUCUCUCUCUCUCUCUCUACCGAUUACGAUUAAUCACAUCUCAGCGUACUAAUAAAUCAUAUACAUACAUUAUGGUAUAUCAUACCAAGAGCAGCGAUGCAUUGGUCAGCGUAUAUGUCUAAAUUUAGGAGUAGCUUGAGUAGUUCGACAUAGCUGUGUGUCUAGCGAUUUCCCAUACGAGGUUUCGUUCUAUCUAGAUCCCUAAAUUCUCCUUGCUUCUGACGAAUACAGAUCUCGGCCAGACUUAUUCCUCCUAGGUAGACCUAGGAGGCAUUUCAUUAUCACCGCCGAUCGAUUCCCGUUGGUACCGAGUAUUAACGUCUAAGCGCUGAUCCGUAUUCGGAUGAUGGACCUAAGAUUUUCCAUGAUUAACGUAAGCUUCAGCCGGAAGACUGAUGGAGAUUUUUCUACCAAUUAUCCUUUGAAUAGUGGCUCUAAUGCUGAUAAUCGAGGAACGAGGGAACUCGCGGACCAUCGGAUGUUCGAUUGCCUAAUCGAUCGCGGACCUCUCUACAUUGUACUCGUUGUAAACAGGCGUUUGUUUAUGUCUUUUUUCAUAUUUUAUACAGCAACGCGCCACGCGGUCAGCUAUUUUCAAUAUUUUUCUCGCUUGUCCGCGAUUUCCUAGGAUUAACCGCGAUCAGGGGAACUUCUUUCCCCAGACUCUUUCGUAUCUAUGUCGGUCGUUCGCUUCGAGAAUCGCCAUUGGGUAGCCUGGAUCGAGGGAUAGUUUUCGGAGAUUAUGUCGCAGCCUCGUAAACGUGGCCUUUUAAUCCUUGCCUAGAAUAAAAUUGACUGAAAACCUCGUCUUUCUUGCGGCCCUUGCCCCGGUAAUCUCUUCAGCGGCUGCGCUUCAAUUUUCAUUUCCACGGCCUCGUAUUCGUUUCAAGGCUCUAGGCAGCUACGUUAAUUUUCAUCCCUUUUUCCAUUCUGCCUGUAAAACGUAAAUGACUUGUUUGAGCGAGUCGUCUAUGAUAAUACGGUAAUGGUAACGAACAACGCGAAAUUUAAUGUUUAAUGAUAGAAUACCGUGUCGUGUCGUGUCUAACAUUCCAUUGCUUCGAUUAACUAACAUCGUGUACCAUAAACGUACGCUUCACCGUCGAGCGAUUAUUAUUUUUUUUUUUCUGUUUAAGUUUGCUGUACAAUUAUUGUUUAUUUAUCAUCUCAGGGCAGCAAAAUGCGCGCGGAGGAUGUAUCCUUCGGGAGGAUUCUCUCACCUGUACAUUAAAGAGUCCUUAUUGAACGAAGAGAAAAGGAUGAGAUCUGCUUUCACAAAGAUUGUAAAGUAACCGUGUUGCUGCCGCGCGUUAAUGAACCUUUAUCGCUUAACAAUUCUUCGAGGAACCUUCAAGCGGCGUACAAAUGUAGACGAUAAGUUUGUAUUUUUUAACACUUUCCUUUCUCUAUUACCGAUUAACGAUGAAAAGUAUGUUAACAGCGUAUACUUAAUAUAUUAAUGGUAUUUACUUUAAGAUGCCCUUACCCCCGUCUUGCAAGACUAAUCCCUAAUUUUUGUACGAAAGUUUGAUAAUAUUCCGUAUAUACACAUAAUAUAUGUAUACAUUCGUGUAUGUUCA